GGCGCGCAAUGAUGGCGUCACCGCGCUGCCCGGCGCGGCGCGGACAGCUAAGAGCCGGCGGAGACGAAGGGCCCCUCAGCGCCGUGUGAGGGGACGCGGCCCGGCCGGGACCGGGCGCCGAGCGCUGUCCGAGACCCCCCGAGCACCGCGUCACACCGAGAGUCACACCGCGGCUCUCCCUUCCCCCGGAGCACCGAGGCACGCAGAGUCCCGCCAGGCCCUGCACCGGAUCUCCGCCUGGGCCCGGCGGGGCUCCGCAGGCGGAGGGCUCCCCCCGGCCCAGCAUGUCCGGCAGCGGCCCGGGAAGGCCGGCGGAGGUGGCAGAGUGGCUGGCACGUCCGUUCGAUGACUUGCUUGGAAGCACAGGCACUGCCCCCUGCGCAGUUGCUGCGAGGAGAGGCGGCUCUGGCAGAAGCCGUCGGCAGGAGCAGAGAGCCCCGAGCCCCGGGGCGGAGAGCGGCAAGGCCGCAGCUCCUCCCAGGAAAAGAACAAAGCUCUGCGCCGUGGAUCCGCCCCGUGCCAAGCCCGGGCGGAGGCGGAGCCAGGCCCGGGAGGAGCUGCCGUGGGUGGAGAGAUACCGACCCGAAGCCCAGAAUGAUCUUGCGGUGCAGAAGAAGAAGAUUGAGGAAGUUGAAACCUGGUUAAAAAAGCAUAUAUUUCAGAGGCAGCCAAAGCAGGGUGGCUCUGUCUUGCUGCUGACUGGCCCUCCUGGCUGUGGAAAAACUGCAACUCUGCAAAUUCUAGCCAGAGAUCUUGGCCUUCAGGUGCAAGAAUGGACCAACCCUCUCUCUUUAGACUUCACAAAGGAGGAUUUGAGAAAUAUGUUUGGCCAUGACUCAAAUUUUCAUACGUUUCCGAGUCAGGCCCAAGCAGCUCUCUUUCAAGAUUUUCUAUUAAGAGCAAAUAAAUAUAACAAACUUCAGAUGCUUGGGGAGUCCUCAGAAAGUGAUAAAAAGCUUAUUCUUAUUGAAGAUAUUCCUAACCAAUUCUACCGAGAUCCUGGCAGCCUCCAUGAAAUCCUCAGGAGUUUCGUUCGUAUGAGCAGGUGCCCCCUGGUUUUUAUAGUCUCAGAUAACUUCAGUGGAGACAGCAACCAGAGGUCACUAUUCCCCCCAGAAAUUGUAGAGGAGUUGUGUAUAUUCAAUAUUAGUUUCAAGCCCAUUGCACCAACAAAUAUGAUGAAAGUUCUCAAUCGAAUAGCUGCAGCAGAAGCCAGUAUGAGCAGAGAGAAGAAUUACGCUUUUGAUAGAGCUUCUCUGGAGUUGCUUUGCAGAGGUUGUUCAGGUGACAUAAGAAGUGCAAUAAACAGCCUUCAGUUUUCCUCUAUGAAAGACUGCUCAUUGGAGAAAGAAUUUUGGUCGAAGAAGAAGAAGAGUAGUUCCACAAUAAAAUGUGAGGAAGCAGGGGUAUCCAAAGUAAGAAAGAAAAGUAAAUGUGAUACCUCGGAAUACGAGAUACAAGCUAUUGGUGGCAAGGACGCAUCCAUUUUUCUUUUCCAUGCUCUGGGGAAAAUUAUUUAUUGCAAAAGAGAAGCAGUGUCAGAAGCAGAGUGCCCUCAGCUGCCUGCUCACCUGUCGGAGCACCACCGGGACACCUUGCUCAUCCAGCCCGAGGAUAUUGUGGAAAAAUCACAUAUGUCUGGAAGCAUGUUCAAUCUAUACCUUCACCAGAACUACGUGGACUUUUUUUCUGAUAUAGAUGAUGUAGUGAGAGCUAGUGAAUACUUGAGCACUGCUGAUGUCCUUUGUAGUAACUGGAGUACACGGCCUGUGAUGGAGAGCUACAGUGCCUCCGUGGCUACCCGGGGGGUGAUCCACUCCAACACGUCCAGAGCCUCUGCCCAGCAGCAGGGGGGCAUGGGGUUCCGACCCUUGCAUAAACCCCAGUGGUUUUUGAUCCAUAAAAAGUAUCAGGAAAACUGCCUUGCUGCAAAAUCUCUGUUUUCAAGCUUCUGUUUACCACCUGAGUGCCUUCAGACAGAGCUACUGCCUUAUCUUGCUAUGUUAGCAAACCCAAUGAGAAACCAAGCUCAGAUUGCUUUUAUCCAAGACGUGGGGAGGCUGCCACUGAAAAGACAUUUUGGGAGGCUGCGGCUGGAAGCGCUGGGCGACAAGGAGCCCGGGCUGCCGGAGCUGCUCCCGGGGGACGAUGGCGAGGGGCCGCCCUCCAGCCAGUCCAGCGGCAGCGACCUGCCCGGCAGCCAGCCGCAGCCCAUCGCGGCGCAGGCCGUGCUGGAGGAGGAGGAGCUGCGGAUCGAGGAGUACGACAGUGACUGAGAGAGGGGGCACGCCUCUGCCGUGCCGCGGGGAUCCGGGCGCUGCAGGGCGAGCGAGCUCUGCCCAGCAGCGUGCCGAGCCGUGCUGGGCUGGGAGCCCAGGCCGGAGCUGCGUGAGCAGCCUCAGCAGGGCCAGCCUCAGCCCAGCGCUAAGCUACAAGCUAUUUCCUGAGCCAUGAAACCGCCUCAGGGCGGUCACAAGAGAGAAAUAAAGGACUGAAAUCAGUUUGAAAGAGACUACAGUCUCUGAGCAGUCUCAGUCUUAAAUUAUUUUUAUGUUUACACAUUUUAAUGUACUUGGCAAUUGUGCAGUGUGUUUCCUGAGGACACAUUACAUAAGUUGUCAGCAUUUUAAGGGUUUAUUAAAAUUCACACUUGCAAAAAACCUGCUCUUUGGACGUUUAGCCCUUCUGGAAAGAAGAGGCUGAAAAUUACACCUGAAAAUCUGAUGUCCCAUACUCGUGAUGUUAAGAAAACUACUGUAGCAACUGUUUUGUAUUCUGACUUACAGAAAUAAAUAAGAAUUUCAUGUCUUUAUACAACUAAUGUUGUAUCAUGGAUUAUUUUGUAUUCCUCUUGGAAAGAUAUUUUCAUACCUUUUAGAGGGGAGAAGGCAGCAAUUAAGCAGAAGUUAUACUUUGUAGGAGGUUAAAUGUGUAAUGUGAAGUCUUUCUCCUUGGCUGGCAGUUGUGCUUGGGGAAACACUGAUCCUAUGUUUGGUAACUGACACCUGAUGGAGUGCUGUGGUUACACAGCAGGGAGGAAAACAAGUCAAACAGCUCUAUGUUGCACAUUUGCAUUUCUGUAUUGCUUGCAGCCAGUUUAAUGAGGGAAAACACGUGUUUAUCCACCCUGACCUUGGAUUAAUGCUAUUAAAGAGUCUGCAUCUGUCCUCUCUCAAGGGACAGGUGUAGUCUUUUCAUCU